CCUUUUUGCUUGACCUCACUGGCUCUCCUUCUAUUUUCUGUCUCGGACACUCACUACCCUUACUUUCCAUGUUAGCUUUCCUUCUUUACUAAGUAGCUUACAGUCGCAGCCUCUCUCUCUCUCUCUGGUUGGGUUCUCUGUUCGGGUUUCUUUCUCUCUUUGGAAAUAAGGUUCACGGAUACGGAAACAGAUGGCUUCCUCGUCGAGAGGAGGGCCGGAUCAGGCUACGCCACCGCCAGCACGGCGGAUCAUAAGGACGCAGACUGCAGGGAAUCUUGGAGAGUCGAUAUUUGACAGUGAGGUGGUGCCAUCUUCAUUAGUUGAGAUAGCUCCUAUUCUUCGUGUUGCUAAUGAAGUAGAAUCUAGCAACCCAAGAGUUGCUUAUCUAUGCCGAUUUUAUGCCUUUGAGAAGGCACAUAGGUUGGACCCUACUUCUAGUGGACGUGGUGUUCGCCAAUUUAAAACUGCACUCCUCCAACGUCUUGAAAGGGAAAAUGAUCCAACCUUGAUGGGAAGGGUAAAAAAGAGUGAUGCGCGGGAAAUGCAGAGUUUUUAUCAACAUUACUACAAAAAGUAUAUCCAAGCCUUGCAAAAUGCUGCUGAUAAAGCUGAUCGUGCACAGCUUACAAAGGCAUACCAAACUGCUAAUGUUCUCUUUGAGGUUUUGAAAGCUGUUAAUAUGACACAAUCUAUUGAAGUAGAUCGUGAGAUUUUAGAAGCUCAGGAUAAAGUUGCAGAAAAGACUCAGAUAUAUGUCCCUUACAAUAUCCUUCCACUUGAUCCUGAUAGUGCAAAUCAGGCAAUUAUGAAAUAUCCUGAGAUCCAAGCUGCUGUUGUAGCUCUCCGCUACACAAGGGGUCUUCCAUGGCCCAAAGACCACAAGAAGAAAAGAGAUGAAGAUAUUUUAGAUUGGCUUCAGGCGAUGUUUGGGUUUCAGAAGGAUAAUGUUGCUAAUCAAAGGGAACAUUUAAUCUUAUUACUUGCAAAUUGCACAUUCGACAAUUUCGUGCACAUUCGACAAUUUCCAAAGCCUGAUCAACAACCCAAGUUGGAUGAGCGUGCAUUGACAGAAGUGAUGAAGAAGCUUUUCAAAAACUACAAAAAAUGGUGCAAGUACCUGGAUAGAAAAAGUAGUCUUUGGUUACCAACCAUACAGCAGGAAGUGCAGCAGCGUAAAUUACUCUAUAUGGGCCUGUAUCUUUUAAUAUGGGGGGAAGCUGCAAACUUGAGAUUUAUGCCAGAAUGCCUGUGUUAUAUUUAUCACCAUAUGGCAUUUGAACUGUAUGGCAUGCUAGCUGGGAAUGUCAGUCCCAUGACAGGGGAAAAUGUUAAACCUGCUUAUGGAGGUGAAGAAGAGGCAUUCUUGAAAAAAGUUGUUACUCCUAUCUAUGAUGUGAUUGCAAAGGAAUCAGAGAGGAGUAAAAAGGGGAAAUCAAAGCAUUCCCAAUGGCGGAACUAUGAUGAUUUAAAUGAAUACUUCUGGUCGGUCGAUUGCUUUAGGUUAGGUUGGCCAAUGCGUGCAGAUGCUGAUUUCUUUCAUUUGCCUGCUGAACAAUUUCGUUAUGAUAAAAAUGGGGAGAACAAACCAGCUUUUAGAGAUCAAUGGGUGGGGAAAGUUAAUUUUGUUGAAAUACGUACAUUCUGGCAUGUCUUUAGAAGCUUUGAUCGAAUGUGGAGUUUUUUCAUUCUAUGCUUACAGGCUAUGAUCAUUGUUGCUUGGAAUAGUACGGGACAACCAAGUUCUAUCUUUAGUGGUGAUGUAUUCAAGAAAGUAUUGAGUGUCUUUAUAACUGCUGCAAUAUUGAAGCUUGGGCAAGCUGUCCUUGAUGUAAUCCUUAGUUGGAAAGCACGGCAGAUCAUGUCAUUCCACGUUAAAUUGAGAUAUAUUCUGAAGGUUGUUUCAGCGGCUGCAUGGGUUGUAGUUCUACCAGUUACAUAUGCUUAUACCUGGGAGAAUCCUCCAGGAUUUGCUCAAACCAUCAAAAGCUGGUUUGGAAACAAUUCAAGCUCACCAUCCUUGUUUAUUUUGGCAGUAGUUAUUUACUUGUCACCAAAUAUGCUAGCAGCACUAUUGUUUCUUUUUCCCUUCAUUCGUCGAUUCCUUGAGAGGUCAAAUUAUAGGAUUGUGAUGCUCAUGAUGUGGUGGUCGCAGCCACGUCUCUAUGUUGGGCGAGGAAUGCAUGAGAGCACACUUUCUCUCUUCAAGUAUACAAUGUUUUGGGUUCUUCUAUUAAUGACAAAGUUGGCAUUUAGUUACUAUAUAGAGAUAAAGCCUUUAGUUGGUCCAACAAAAGCUGUUAUGGAUGUUCAUGUUACUACUUUCAAAUGGCAUGAGUUCUUUCCACGUGCAAGGAACAAUAUCGGAGUUGUGAUUGCACUCUGGGCUCCAAUUAUUCUUGUAUAUUUCAUGGAUACUCAGAUUUGGUAUGCUAUAUUUUCCACUUUAUUUGGAGGUAUUUAUGGUGCAUUCAGACGCCUUGGAGAGAUUCGGACAUUGGGAAUGCUUAGAUCUCGUUUCCAAUCGUUGCCCGGUGCUUUCAAUGCCUGUUUAAUUCCAGAGGAGAAGAGUGAGCCAAAGAAGAAAGGGUUGAAGGCCACCUUGUCUCGCAAUUUUGCUGAGGUACCAUCUAACAAAAAUAAAGAGGCUCUAAGAUUUGCUCAAUUGUGGAACAAAAUAAUCUGUAGCUUUAGAGAGGAAGAUCUAAUAAGCAAUAGGGAAAUGGACUUGUUGCUUGUUCCAUAUUGGGCUGACCGUGAUUUGGAACUCAUACAGUGGCCUCCAUUUUUGCUCGCUAGCAAGAUCCCAAUUGCCUUAGACAUGGCCAAGGACAGUAAUGGUAAAGAUAAAGAGCUGAAAAAGAGAAUUGCAGCUGACAAUUACAUGUCUUGUGCUGUUCGUGAAUGUUAUGCUUCAUUUAAGAACAUUAUCAAGUUCUUGGUUCAAGGGGACCGUGAGAAACCAGUGAUCAAUACCUUAUUCACUGAGGUUGACAAACAUAUAGAGGAAGGUACACUGAUAAGUGAAUGCAAGAUGAGUGCUCUUCCUAGCCUCUAUGACCACUUUGUGAAGCUUAUCAUAUAUUUGUUGGACAACAAACAGGAGGACAGGGAUCAAGUUGUAAUUCUAUUCCAAGACAUGCUGGAGGUUGUGCAAAGAGAUAUACUGGAGGAUAAUGUAUUGAGUUUGGAUUCAUUACAUGGUGGAUCUGGACAUGAGCAUAUGGUUUCCUCGGAUUAUCAGUUGUUUGCAUCUCAUGGGGCUAUCAAGUUUCCUAUUGAUCCAGUAACAGAAGCAUGGAAAGAGAAGAUCAAGCGGCUUUACCUUUUGCUUACAACAAAAGAAUCUGCCAUGGAUGUACCAUCAAACUUAGAAGCAAGGAGACGCAUUUCUUUCUUUUCGAAUUCAUUGUUUAUGGACAUGCCUGGGGCUCCUAAAGUUCGCAAUAUGCUUUCUUUCUCUGUUUUAACUCCUUACUACACGGAAGAGGUACUAUUUUCCUUGCGAGAUUUGGAAGUGCCAAAUGAAGAUGGUGUUUCAAUCCUCUUUUACUUGCAAAAGAUCUUUCCAGAUGAAUGGACCAACUUUCUUGAGCGCGUACAACAUUGCUCCGAAGAAGAACUCAAAUUAACAGAUGAAUUAGAAGAAGAACUUCGUCUGUGGGCAUCAUACAGGGGCCAAACUUUAACUAGAACUGUAAGAGGUAUGAUGUAUUUUCGGAAGGCUUUGGAGCUUCAGGCUUUCCUUGAUAUGGCCAAGCAUGAAGAUUUGAUGGAGGGCUAUAAAGCCAUAGAAUUGAAUACAGAGGAUGAGUCAAAGGGAGAAAGGUCGUUGUUGACACAAUGUCAAGCUGUAGCUGAUAUGAAGUUCACAUAUGUGGUGUCAUGCCAGCAAUAUGGGAUUCACAAGCGGUCUGGCGAUCCUCGAGCACAGGACAUUUUGAGGCUCAUGACAACAUAUCCGUCACUCCGUGUGGCAUAUAUUGAUGAGGUUGAAGUAACUAGCCAAGACAAAUCCAAGAAAAACAACCAAAAAGUUUACUACUCUGCUCUUGUGAAGGCUGCCUCUCCCAAGUCCAUUGAUUCUUCAGAGCCAGUACAAAAUUUGGAUGAGGUUAUUUACCGAAUCAAACUUCCAGGACCAGCCAUUUUGGGUGAGGGAAAACCUGAAAAUCAAAAUCAUGCUAUUAUCUUCACACGCGGUGAAGGCUUGCAAACAAUAGAUAUGAACCAGGAUAACUACAUGGAAGAGGCCUUAAAAAUGAGGAAUUUGCUCGAAGAAUUUCUGAAAAGGCAUGAUGGUGUGAGGCAUCCUACUAUACUUGGGCUUAGGGAGCAUAUCUUUACAGGAAGUGUUUCAUCUCUUGCAUGGUUUAUGUCAAAUCAAGAGACCAGUUUUGUGACUAUAGGUCAAAGACUGUUGGCCAACCCGCUGAAGGUUCGGUUCCAUUAUGGCCAUCCAGAUGUGUUUGAUAGGCUUUUUCACCUCACUAGAGGGGGUGUCAGUAAAGCAUCAAAGGUUAUCAAUUUGAGUGAAGACAUAUUUGCUGGUUUCAAUUCUACACUUCGUGAAGGCAAUGUUACUCAUCAUGAAUACAUACAAGUUGGAAAGGGAAGGGAUGUGGGACUCAACCAGAUUUCUAUGUUUGAGGCCAAAAUUGCUAAUGGAAAUGGUGAACAGACUUUGAGUCGUGACAUAUACAGACUUGGACACCGUUUUGACUUUUUCCGUAUGCUGUCUUGCUAUUUCACCACAGUUGGCUUCUACUUCAGUACUCUGAUAACUGUCCUCACUGUGUAUGUGUUCCUCUAUGGCCGCCUUUAUCUUGUUCUCAGUGGACUUGAGGAAGGUUUAAUUAAUCAGAAAGCACUUCGAGAUAACAAGCCUCUUCAGGUGGCUCUUGCUUCUCAGUCCUUUGUUCAAAUUGGAUUUUUGAUGGCCUUGCCUAUGCUGAUGGAAAUUGGUUUGGAAAGGGGUUUCCGGACAGCGCUAAGUGAAUUUGUAUUAAUGCAAUUGCAAUUGGCACCAGUAUUUUUCACAUUUUCUCUUGGGACCAAGACACACUAUUAUGGAAGGACUUUGCUUCAUGGAGGUGCAAAAUACAGGCCUACAGGUCGAGGAUUUGUGGUGUUCCAUGCCAAGUUUGCUGAAAACUAUAGGCUUUAUUCCCGCAGUCACUUUGUCAAGGGAAUUGAGAUGAUGAUUUUGCUUGUUGUGUAUCAGAUCUUUGGUCAGCCUUAUAGAAGUGCUGUUGCCUAUGUUUUGAUCACUAUAUCUAUGUGGUUCAUGGUUGGAACUUGGCUUUUUGCUCCCUUCCUAUUUAAUCCUUCUGGUUUUGAGUGGCAAAAGAUUGUUGAUGAUUGGACUGAUUGGAACAAAUGGAUCAGUAACUUUGGGGGUAUAGGUGUACCACCAGAAAAAAGUUGGGAAUCAUGGUGGGAAGAGGAACAAGAGCAUCUCCGUCAUUCUGGAAAACGCGGAAUUGUGGCUGAGAUAUUGUUAUCUUUACGAUUUUUUAUCUAUCAAUAUGGGCUAGUAUAUCACUUAAAGAUUACAAAGAAUACCCAAAGUUUUCUGGUCUACGGAGUAUCAUGGCUGGUCAUCUUCUUGAUAUUGUUCGUCAUGAAGACUGUAUCUGUUGGAAGGCGAAGGUUCAGUGCAAACUUCCAGCUUGUCUUCCGGCUAAUCAAGGGAAUGAUAUUCCUUGCUUUCGUUUCUGUCCUGGUUACUUUAAUGGCAUUGCUUCACAUGACAGUUCAGGACAUUGUUGUGUGCAUUCUUGCUUUCAUGCCAACUGGCUGGGGAAUGCUUUUGAUUGCACAAGCUUGUAAGCCUGUCGUUCAACGUGCUGGUUUUUGGGGAUCAGUUCGGACACUGGCACGUGGUUAUGAGAUUGUUAUGGGCUUGCUUUUGUUUACUCCGGUUGCAUUCCUUGCCUGGUUUCCGUUUGUGUCCGAGUUCCAGACUCGUAUGCUUUUCAACCAAGCAUUUAGCAGAGGUCUGCAAAUUUCACGUAUUCUUGGCGGGCAAAGGAAGGAUCGCGCUUCUCGCCACAAGGAGUAACCUUUCUGACAGCAAAAUGUAGUAUAUAUAUAUAGAUAUUUAUAUUUUUAUGCUGAUGAACCGGCUUUUGAAAAUCUUAUCCAUUUCUACUGUUACCAUCUGUUGUAAUUAUUUGAAGUAUAUCGUGGAUGAGGUAAGAAGCACAAUUUUUCUUAACUGGAAUUGGUCAAGUCGAGACUUUCUAAUUGUGUUCUAUUAACUUGUGAACGAUCAUUUUGUAAGCUAAUCAUCAAUUCAUGAUAAUUUAAUUAAAAUUGUCCAA